AUGUCAAAAAAAAUAGAUGUACAUAUACGAUUAAAUCCACUUAAAAACAAUACUAUCUGGAAGUAUUCUAAUAAUAAAUUAAUAAGGCUAAGUAAAAAUCAAGAAAUUUUAUAUGAAAACUUUAGCAAUAUUUUAUGCGAAGAAGAUAAUCACGAAGUUUAUAAAAAAUGCUUAUCUAACAAAAUUUUAGAAAAAUCCAAUUGCACAGUUUUUGCAUAUGGACAAACUGGCUCAGGUAAAACGUAUACUAUGCUAGGAAAUAAGUCGAAUGGAAUGAUAAUGUAUUCAUUAAUAGAUCUUUUACAUAAUUUUAAAUUAAAAGUAUCAUAUAUAGAGAUUUAUAAUGAAAAAUUAUAUGAUUUAUACAGUAAAAACGAAUUAAAAAUUUAUUGUAAAAAUGAUAAGACAAUAAUAAAUAAUUUAUCGUAUAUUACAAUUUCAAAUGUAGAUGAAGCGGAAAAAUUUUUAGAUCAUUGUGAAAAAAAUAGAACAUAUGGAAAUACAGAAUUUAAUUCUAAAAGUAGUAGAUCACACACAAUAUUUCAAAUAUCAUAUUUUUACAAUGAAAAAGAAAUAAUAAUUAAUUUAAUAGAUCUAGCAGGAUCCGAAAAGGCUUCUAAAAAUGAAAGUAGAAGGACUGAAGGGGCAUUUAUAAAUAAAAGCUUACUAGCAUUAUGCACUGUAGUAAAUAAUUUAAGAAAUAAUAAAUAUUUUGGCUACAGAGAUUCAAAGCUUACACGUUUACUACAUAAUUCUUUAGAUGGAGAGACAAAUAUAAUUGCAUUGUGUACUUUAUCUCCUAAUGAAGAAUGUGUAGAAGAAUCAAUAUCUACUUUAAAUUUUGCUGCACGUUUAGCAAACCUUGAUUUAAAGAAAGUUGUGACCUGUACAAUAAACAAUGAUUGUACUAAUUUAGAUUUAUCAAAGGUAUCAAUACAUGAUAUUAAUUUAAAGCAAGGUUUUUAUGUAGAACAAUUUAUGAAACUUAACAUGGUUAAAUACGACAAUAAAAUAAAAGAAAUAAAUGAUAAUGUAAAAGAUGAGACUAAAUCAACCUCCUCAAAUUUAAAUAAUAAAGAUGUACUAGAAUUAAAACCUUUUGUUCAUAAUAUAAAAGAUACGUAUAGUAAAAAUGACAAAAUUGUACCACUUCUCUAUGACAGAAUAGAAAGUUUAGAAAAAAUGCUUAUCAAAAUCUUAAAAAAAACAACAAAUAAAAAUGUAAAAGACAUUUUUAUGUUAGAAAAGCAUAUGUUUAAUUUAAAAUUAAAAAAAUGGCAGAAUUAA